AUGAAGAUGUUCCACUUUUGGGGUCUCCUCAGCUGCUCCUUGCUCUUGGGGGCAACAGCUCAACUCCCGCUCCCCACCGGUCCUCCACCGCCCAGCCUUGGGACGGAUCUGGUAGACGGGUUGAGCCGGGGCCUUCUUCGCUUGGAUCUGGCUGGAAUCCUCCAGAAGCUGCCUCUGUUGGAUUCUCUGCUGAAUGAGGGGACCCCCUCUGGGGGACUCCUGGGGGGUCUCCUCCCGAAAGUCAUCAAGCUGCUGCCCGGCCUGGAAGAUCUCGUUGGGAUCAAGGUCGCCGACGGUCGCCUCCUCCAGAUCGUCCUCCAUCACACUCCGGACGGACACCGGCUCCUCGCGAGGAUCCCGCUCAGCCUGGUCCUCAGCGUCCAAACGCCCCUCACCGGACAGUUAAUCGAGCUGGGCGUUAGGCUGGACGUCGUCGUGACCCUGAAGGUGGAGAAAGACGCCAGCGGGAAGACCUCGCUGGUGGUGGGAGAUUGCGGCAACGACCCCGCCAGCUUAAAUAUCACACUUCUCAACGGCUCCCUCCCAGAAGCGGCUAACGCUUUGGUGAAUAACCUGACCGGCAUCCUAGACGACGUUCUCCCGAAGCUGGUGCAGGAUAAAGUAUGUCCCUUGGUCAACAAGGCCCUGACCCUCUUGGACAACUCCCUGCUCAACGACCUGACUGAUCAACUACUGAAGGGGCUCUCAGCCAACAUUACAAUCUGA